CAAAUAUGUCAACUAAUUAAGAAUCAAUUGCUUCAUUUUAUUCACCCAAAUUUGAAUAAUAAUGUUAUCUUUGUUAACAUGGUUUACAUGGUGUAGAAAAGUAGGAUCAUUCAACAGGAAUCAUAGUAGGCGAACCUGUCGGUACUUUCAUCAUAAUUUAUUAAUAUAUAUAGUUGUUUAUUCAACACCUGAAGUAAUAGUUUAAUAAACUGUUGGAUAACCUAUACCAGUGAAAAGAGGAAUUACUCAAUCCAAUCAAAGGAAUAUUUAAAGCACAACUCCACAGAGAGAGAUUUAACAAACAAAUUAAAUUCAAACAAGUCCAACACUGAUUUAAACUUAACCACUUUAAUAUAAUUAACUUAAGACAUUUGAAUAUGAAUAAAAACAAACUUAUUAAAUGCCUAUUGAGUAAUAGGUUAUAAAAUAAGCAGAACUCAAAAACUCCUAAUAAAUUUCAACCUUUUAUUCUGGAAGAUAUGAAGAACAGUGUUACUUAUGCCAACAUGGUUUACAUGGUAAAGAAGUUGCCAGUACAUAAAAUAAUGGUAUCUUAUGCUUUUAUUUGAUUAGUUGUUUACUAAACACCAGAAGUUAUUGUAUCUUAAAACAUUGGUUAACCAUUAACUACAAGAAAUACUACAAAUGUUUAAAAUUUUUCACAAAUCAUUAAUACUCCUCCAAGAAAUGAUUCAAUUUAUUCUUAAUAGCUUUAACAAUCUCCAGUUUAGAAUAUUUAAUCAAAUGUACUAAGGAAUUAAUAAAUAACUAAUCCAACACUGAUUUAAACUUAACCACUUUAAUAUAAUUAGCUUAAGUCAUUUGAAUAUGAGAAAAAACAAACUUAUUAAAUGCCUAUUGAGUAAUAGGUUAUAAAAUAAGCAGAACUCAAAAACUCCUAAUAAAUUUCAACCUUUUAUUCUGGAAGAUAUGAAGAACAGUGUUACUUAUGCCAACAUGGUUUACAUGGUAAAGAAGUUGCCAGUACAUAAAAUAAUGGUAUCUUAUGCUUUUAUUUGACUAGUUGUUUACUAAACACCAGAAGUUAUAGUAUCUUAAACUAUUGGUUAACCCUUAACUACAAAAAAAACUAUAAGAAACAAUUCAAUAGAUAAAAAUCUUUCACAAAUCAUUAAUACUCCUCCAAGAAAUGAUUCAGUUUAUUCUUAAUAGCUUUAACAAUCUCCAGUUUAGAAUAUUUAAUCAAAUUUACCAUAAAAUCAAUAAAUAAUUCCUACAACCCAAUAAUAAUUAUAAUAAUCAUAACUUUAGAAUUUUUAAUUAAAUGUACCAUAAAAUUAAUAACUAAUUAAUACAAACCAAUUUCAAUUAUAAUAGUCCCCAGUUUAGAAUAUUUAAUUAAAUGUACCAUAAAAUCAAUAAGUAAUUACUACAAACCAAUAACCAUUAUAAUAGUCAUAAUUUUAGAAUUUUUAAUUAAAUGUACCAUAAAAUCAAUAACUAAUUAAUACAAACCAAUAACCAUUAUAAUAGUCUCCUGUCCAAAAUUUGUAACUUAAAGUAUAAUAAUCUUAAAUCAUUCCUUAAAUGAUAUAAUAAAAUUAAGUUGUCUAAUAGAUACCUCAAGUUGAAGAUUAUUAGGUUACUACUGUGCCAUAAAAAGUUAUUCAAGAGACUCUGACAACUGUCCAAGAAUAAUAAAUCACACCUUAAGAGCAAGUUGAAAUGUAUUGGAGAUAUAAAGUUUAUGAACUUUAAGAAAGAGUUUAUGAAUUAAUGAAUUAAAUUAGUCUUUAAAAAUAAGGAAAUCUAUAACACUAACGAACUGGGUCUUAAAUAAAGAAAAGCACUGAAGAUUCAUUCAAAGUAAACUUCAUUAAAAUUACAAUAGGUUGAGUAAGCUAAAUAAGAAAUUUUGUAAUUAGAAAGUUAACUUAAGCUAAAAUAAAAAACAAGUAUAGAUUUAAGAAAUAAACUCAAUCUUAUGAUCUAUAGAUAAGAUCCUACCGAUGAAGCCACUAAAUAUAAGGAAUAAGAAUUGUAGCAGUUAAGACAAAAAUAUAACACUUUAAAUUUUAAACAUUAAAGUAAUGUAGAAGAUAUUGCAAUGACUUAAGCCAUUUUAGAGGCUAUAAAAAGUGGAAAGGGAUACAAAUUAGUGUCUGUACGAGAACAAUAAUAAACAUCAUCUUAUAAUAGAUCAAGCCAAGGAUAACAAAAUUAUAAUUGA